AUGCCUCAACCUCGUCGACCACGACCCAAGAUCUCUCUAUGGGCACGAUUUCGGCAUUCACCCUUAAAACUACGCCGCAGCUGCUCCCAACUAAGCUCACCCGAUACGAACGGCUUCUUUGCGCUCAUACGAUUACUCAUUCCCUAUCCAUCUUGGCACUUUGCGAUCGCCGGACCCUACUCUCCGCGUGAGCUUAUCGAUGAUGAGAAACGUGAGACAGGAAUAAUAAGCUCCCAAUUUGGCGAUUUACGCAAUCUUCAAGCCAUCCCCCUCUGGCGCAUGCGCGAUACACCAUUAAGAUCAAUUUACCGAAUCUAUGACCUUCAUCUUGCAGAUCAGUACGGGUUCAUGGGAUAUGAAACGGAGUAUUUCUUUUUCCAUUCCGACUGGCGACUACGAGAUAUCCCAGAUCCAAAAGACCCCGACCCGGUCCGUUAUGCUGUCGUCGCAUGCAUCGUGGAGGAAUUGCAGGAGUCAUUGAAUUGGAAGCUAAGUCUUGGUUUAAGAAGGCAUGGCGAACAGAUUAUUCGUGAGCGGAACGAAGACCCGUACCCGGAGUUUGUUCCCGAGGAACUUCCUGCCUGGACAAAGAAUGUGCCGGCGAUUGACAAGGAGCUCUUGAAACAAUCUGUACCUUCGCAUAUGCUGAGCACAGAAGGGCAGUUGGUACUAGAAGCAAAAGGCUUGAGUCUAAUUUUUGCUCAGCGGAAUAUUGUAACAAAUACUGGUUGGUUCUAUACAAUUUAG